AGAUUGAAAGUUGUGGCACUGAAGGAGUGCUGAGAGAUUGAAAGCAGUGGCACUGAAGCAGUGGUUUAAGGUAGAUGCCGAUAACGGUAAUCAAACAACUAGCAACAAUGAAGAUAAAACGAAAAGAGAUACGAGAAGUAUCAGUGAAACUGAGGAAGGCUGCAGGAGGCGGUGGCGGAGGGAGCGAGACAAAAGCUGUCGUCGGGAGUCUCAAGACUGCGACGCCGCGUCGAGCAAGGGCUUGUGAGGACUGGCCGACCUCCCCAGCUCUCUCACACACACACAUUCAGCCGUGGUGGUGGUGGCGGUAGUGGCGCCGGCCACACACUCACUCACUGGCCCCCGCGCUAACACACUCACUCACACGCCGGCUGCCGUGCGUGAUACUACCCCACCAACGGCCUGCCUCCGUCCAGGCGCCACACUCCCGAGGGCACACCCACCCUCCCGCUAGCCUACCGCACCAAGUCUCUUAAAGCUCGUGCCUUCUUGCUCCCUCACCUCGGCUACUUGUAUCCUACUGGAGACAUCUAUCAAACCGUCCACAACAUCCGUCUGGAAUAUCACUAAGCACUGUGUUGAAAUUUAAUAGGAUUCCGCCCACGUUUGUUAUUAAUGAAAAAAACUAACUUGUUUAGAAAAUAUUUAUAUGAUUAGUUUUUAUUAAGAAAUUUAUAUGUAAAUAGAAAGACAUUUGAUUAAAUUUAAACUAAUAAGGUAAUUGUAAUGUGAUUGAAUUUCUCUCUUAUACGAACAAGUUGAAUAAUGGAUGUUGUCGUUGGAAAUUUUAUUACGUACGGAAGACAAGUAUUGUGAGUUCCUGGCCAGUGUUGGACCGUCAUCAGUGUGACCCAGCCUUCAAUACCACCUACACCCAUCUGCCGAGCCCGUGCCUCUCACCACCUGCCACCAGUUGUGACAGGUGGUUGCGCAGAAGGCGGCAAGGAUAGCCUGCGCGAGAGGGCACUUAGACAGUAUCGUGUGUGUGUGUGUGUACAAGACCCGAAGUGUUAAGUCUCAUAAGUAAGUUAGGUGGUUACUGGGCAGCCAGCUGGUUGCUGGUACCCAGGUAAGCUCCACCUGAGGGGUGAUGAGUGCUGUCAAAAUGCACUACUCGACCGCCACGGCCCCGUCAUUCCCCGUGCCCCGAAAUCUCUUCUUUUCAAACCUGGACGAGGUAAGAAGACCAUCCACGCCGCACUACGCCCACUACGCCCAUCCUUCCCCUCGACCAGCCGAGGCGGCGCUGGUGUGGCCUCCAGGUGGGGAGGGGUCGCACAACAAGGGGGCGGGGGUCGCGGGCGGCGUGGGCGGGUCCUCACCGCCCACGUCCCAGCAGGCGGCACCGCAGGGCCUGGUCCACUGGAUGAGCGUCAUGGCGGAACACAUGAACAAUCCUCACCACGAUGCCAUGCACUACAUGUGGAAUGGCGUCGAGAGCAAAAUGAACGUCACACCUGACCAGCACAACUCCUCGUCACCCAUGCAUAAAGGUCACCCUAACAGCUUGGACGAGAGGCUAGAUGGACGAGGCCUUGAAAUCCCUCACAACAUGGCUCCCGCGUCCCUCUACGCCCGCAGCAACGGGUCGGCGUCAUCAGCGUCGCCGCCCACGGUCUCCACGCCCUCCAUGCUUAUCGUCCCUCAACCUAUCAACGCCGCCAAGAUGCCGCCCACUCCGCCGGGCAUCGGUCAGAACCCGCCCAAUAAUGGCUCGGCCCGGAAGUACCAGUGCAAGAUGUGUCCGCAGCUGUUCGCCUGUAAACUGUCGUACCCUUCCCCACACCGGGAGAACCAGCAAGAUGGGAUCUUCGGAAGUAAGGCAGACCUGCAGCUCCACACACAGAUCCACAUGCGGGAGGCUAAGCCUUACAAAUGCUCUCAGUGUUCCAAAGCCUUCGCCAAUUCCUCGUACUUGUCUCAGCACACUCGGAUUCAUUUGGGCAUCAAACCCUACCGCUGCGAGAUAUGCCAACGUAAAUUUACCCAACUCUCCCAUUUGCAGCAGCACAUCCGCACCCACACAGGUGAUAAACCCUACAAAUGCCGUCACCCAGGCUGCAAUAAAGCCUUCAGCCAGCUGUCCAACCUGCAGAGCCAUUCUCGCUGUCACCAGACGGACAAGCCCUACAAAUGUAACUCUUGCUACAAGUGCUUUUCAGACGAAGCCUCACUCUUGGAGCACAUUCCCAAACACAAGGAGAGCAAGCACCUCAAGACCCACAUUUGUCAAUACUGCGGCAAGAGCUACACUCAGGAGACGUACCUUCAGAAGCAUAUGCAAAAGCACGCUGAACGACCUGACAAGCGGCCUUCCCUCUCAGCCCAUGGAUUACGGCAGGAUAAUCCUUACUGGCCUAAGCCAGACACCACUGCUCUCGACUCCAUGGAUGGCCGCAUGUCGGAAACUUGUCUUCAAAAUUCCCUGGACCCGACGCGUCACUUGGCUUCCCGGGAACAUAUGGACCCGCGUGCGGAGGAAUUGCGUCAUACUCCCGCCCACAUGCCUGCUUCCAACAUGUCCUACGACGCUAUUGCCACGAAGACGUCAUCAGCAUUCACGCCGAUACAGACCAGUAUGUUGCCCAUCAGCGGAGGGACACAGUUGUCCAUGGCGGCGUCAUCUUCGCAGCGUUAUUUCCCAUACGAUCCCAUCAGUUUUCCCAAGACGCACACACAAAUGCCCUCCAUGGACGUCAAGCCCAAUCAGUUCCCCAACCAGCUCAUCUCACUCCAUCAGAUUCGUAACUAUGCCCACCAACCCACUAUGAGCUCCGACUUGCUCCUUAAGGACAAGGGUGUUACUCAAUAGUGUGUCGAGUGGAAUGCGGGCCACAUCCAGGCCCCGAUGUCGACUGGGAGUGGGCCGCGUACGGCGGCCCGCGACUCAGACGCUUCUCUACGGUGCUGGGGCCGCAAAGUGUGGACCGAGCCGGUAGGAGGGGCUGAAUACAGGGUAUUGAUGGCACGGGGCAGGGGCACGGGAGAGGGCGCCACCUGGCAGCAGCAGCAGCUGUGGCCACACUCCCAGUGAGAGCCCAGUGACGAGUUGUGAUACGUGCCCGGUGAUAGCUGGACGAGGUCUGUAAGACAAAGUCUGCUGACUCUAAGGAACGCUCGCUUAGCAGGGAAACGUUAGUGUAAAUGUGCAAUAACCACACUAAACGUAAGAGGACACUCGUGUUGCAGGAACUGCUUCUCACGUAUGUUUGUAAAGACUGAUACUGUUAAGGACUGGCCGGUAUGGUGUGGUUGUGGAGAUGUGAUUGAUUGGAGAAGAAAGAGGACGAGUGGAGUUGAGGCAAGGUGGUGGUAGUGGAGCUCUGAACGCCCACAUGUAGCACCAACAGCAUCAACAGCAAACAGCAGCCAAGUGCUGUCCCGUACAAACCCACCAGAAUACAGUUCACGUUCCUCUUCACUGUUAUAGUGAGCAACUCUCCGAUAUCGUGAUAGCUAAACAAGCAAUACUGUUACUAGUUAUGGUGCCUUCCACCAUCCAUCGAAACCCAUAGGUUCCUCCAAACAGAAUUUUACUUUGACCGUAGCACAAAACAUCACUUCUUUUUAUUUUAAACUGUAUACAGGAUUUUCUACGAAAAUAUUGUAUUUUUCAUCUUUGUUUUCUUGAUCAUGUCACCACUUAGCUCUUGUUCUACCAAGCGUCCAGACUUGCUCAGUGAUGGCUGCUUAAGUCAGCAUAUUCUUUUACAAAAAAAAAAAAUCAUUAAUCUCCAAGAGGAUAUUUUUCCUUAUGGAAAGAUACACACUUAUUACCUUCACUGAACACGCCAGGACGCCAAUUUCUUUCUUCAUUAUAUCCUACCUCUAAGAAUAGACGGUUCCAGAUGACAUUGUUUUCGAUACCUUAUAAAGUUUGUGCCAGUUGGCCCCCUGUCCUCGGGUCUCUUGGCCCUGGCGUCUGGCAAGGUCCCCAUCCCACCCAAGAGUCCCCAGUGUUUGGACAAGGACUCUUACACCCUAAACCUCGUUGCCCACGCAAGACUGCCCAGCGUGUUCGCGGGCAGUACUAACCUCCUCCAUCCAGGAAGUAUACGAUUAUUUCUACGUUAUGUCUCGUGUGUGUAUCAGAUAAAGUCUGAAGUCUCUUGUAGUUGCAGGUUUUCCCAUUAUGAAACAUAUGGGUCUUAAGAAGAGCUUCUGGCAGACUCGAAAAUGUGUGUUUUUUAAAGAUUCACUUUAGAUACUGUAAGUCUAUUAUUUUGAAAAAAAAAAAACCAAUGUAUGAAGCCAGUUUAACGGCUUAACAUUCGGAAGACUGUAGAUUUGCUGUGAAUCCUGCCAGGGGUUCACCUGUUAUGACCCUUAAUUCUCAGACCUCACUUGAGUCGACUUUGUAAAGGCAAUCAGGGGCCAAGCAUCAAAACUCCACAUGUUACAGUAUUCAGCACUUCUCUAUAAUCUACAUUCUUCCGCAAACAUUUACAGGUACUUUACACUUUGACUUCAGUCUCUAAGGACACUACUUUUGUAUGCUGCAAAAGUUCUGUAUUAUGCAUGGGUAGAAGGUUAUGAAAAGUACUUAGUAGGGUACAUAGCUAAUACGACUCGUUACUGUUUCCUUUUGUACUUACGAAUAUAGGGAGUGAAAUAAUAGGAUAAUGUUGGUUCGUUUUCUAUAUAUUUGCAUGGAUAAUAGAAUGUAGCAACAUCUUCUGUCGUAUAUAAUAUGAAAAAAGUGAUGUUCAUAGACAAAGGAGGUAAAAAGAAUUGUUUGAAAGAAUGAAUGAAUGUUUGGAAAGUUUGGAAAUUCUACUUUUGCUUACUUCCAUAGUAAGCAUUGUAUACUUGGGGCCGCAUUAUCGAUGCGCAUUUAAAAUCGGGCUGUUUUACUUCAAGUUUCUGAGAUUCAUAAGUUUCUGAGAUGUUACAUCUGAAGGGAAUUCAGUAACACCUAUGUGACUUUGUCAAAAGAGUGAAAUAUGUGAAGAUAAAUUUAAUUAGCCACGGCACGCUGACUACAGUUAUCACCUGACAGCCUUCCGGAUCUACAAUACGGCCCUCAGAUUGUCAGUGAUGAGUGAUUUUUGUACAGUAGCCGCAGUGAAGUCCAACCUCCCCAGAUGAUAUUACUGUAAGUGAAACUAUACAUCAAAAUAUGUUUGCUCAACAUAGCUACUUGUUCGUUUGGCACGUUAACAGAUGUUUGUGUUAAUUGUUAAUUCAAGUGUUGACUGUUAUAAACGGCUCAUAAAAGUCACACUAAAGCGGAGUUCUCGUAUUCAACAUGACUAGUUUUGUUUAGGCUGAAGGUUCUAGUGGGCUGGCAACAUGUGCCAAUCAGAAGGAACCUUAGCUUAGACAAACAAGUUGUGCUUUCAACGAAAAUUCCUCUUCUUGGGAAGCCUCAAUAUUGCUGAAGGUCCAGAGCCCAAAGUGUACUCACUCAGAAAGGGAAACAGUAAGAAAGUUUCUGGGUAUUUGAACAGCAUUCAGCGACUAGAGUUUACUUUCCAGUCUGUGCUAAUAUGUUUUUUUAACUCUUGAAGUAUGAUGACAAAUGCAAGUGCUAAUGUUUGUCAGAGUAUAAGUCGCAAUUUAGAGGUUUAAAUGGCCUGAAGUGCAUUCGUGACAAGUAUUAUCACCACCCUUUCCCUACGUAGUUUCUUGGCCUCACUUUAAUGAAUAAAAAUGUCCUUAGCACAAAGUUACAGUUAGAGAUGGUAGGUGACAGACUAUGUGAUAGGGUCACCUGGUGUCUACACUCAAGGCUCUGGACAGCAAGGCUUAACCCACACGUCCUCGCAGUAUGGCUGAAAGCUGCGUGCAUGGCUUACUGAAUCCCCCCCAAAAUUUUCGUUUUAGCAAGAGAGUACCAUAACUGAAGUAAAAUAGUUAAGUUCAGCCCUUAUUUUGUUCACUUCUCUUUGCCACUCCUGACCGUGUUAUUAUUGUUUCCGCAAUGCCCCUAAAUCCUUUCAGGUUUUCCCUAUUUAUUGUUAUUUUCACGUAUUUCCUGUCUUAAGUUUUCAGUUUCUUGUCCUUGCUUAUAGCUAUCCUCAGUCUUGGCGGCCUGGCCAUGACCUUGACAACCUGGCCAUAAUCUUGAUAGUCUGGUCUGGAUAAGGGUGAUCUUCCUCAGCGUCUUGACUGCCUCGGUGCGGUUAAGUGACGUUUGUGUAUCCAGCUUUUGAGUCCGUUCAGUCGUUAACAUUUUCCUUAUGAAGAUUUAUGUACAUUUUUUUUCGCUCGAGAGCGUUAUAUUUUUAAAAGUCGUUAUAUUUGUAUUUUUUUUAUUGACACAUUUUAAUUGGGAAAUUAACGAGGCGCUUUGUAUGGUGUGAUAUUAAUAGGCAGAGUAAGACAAGCUGUUGGGCCCUCAGGAGGCGGAUUCACCUGAAGUGUGCUUCAGGCUACUGGGCUUGUGCUGAAAGCUAAAGGCCAUUUCUUGCUCUUAACAGUGUAUGACGCUGUCUAAAUUGUGUUAAAUAUAGCCCCGAAGCGUGGUCUGACCCACCAUCUAGCCCCUGGGUGGUCUAAGGUGCAGGGAGGUGGAGAUUACGGGUGUUACCGGGCGUUCAUCUGGGAAAAUUAAGGUUGGCCCGGGACUCCAGUGAUCACAUACGGUUACUUCCUUCCCCUACGGAAGUGACGAGGGCAUCUGAUGCCAAAACAAGAUUUUUUUUUUUUGUAAAUUGUCUUGAUAUGCGAGAACUUAGGAUAACUGGGCUUUCAGUCUAUCGUUGGUAUUGAGUGGUGAGAGCAGCUGCCCAAGAGGACCCCGGUGUAAAUAAUGCAGGAGUGUGUAUAAAAAAAAAUAAGUGCGUCAUCCUCACGUCGCCGAGUAACCGGAGUUUAUCUUAAAAAAAAUAUUUGUUAUGGUGCUGCAUUCGUAUUCCUGGUUGGUUAUCAUUUGUUAUCCAGAUGUUGCAUUUUAGUACCAAGUUUACCGUUAUUCCACAAAUUUCCGUUAUGUAAAUGGGGCAAAAAAGCAAUCUUUUUAGCCUGUUGAGAAAGAUAUAAAAGGGUUUCGUUGCCCCUACUACGGUAGUGGAGUGUAGUACAAAGUAGGCUGAGUAAGAUUAAGCUUAGAUGUAACAUGUUAAUUGGUGGAAGAUCUUUCUCAAUGAGCACAACAGACCCAGGAUUUUUUUUUUAUGACAAAAGAGGUGGGUGGUACAGGGUCAAUGCUAUGACCUCCAGUAUCCAUGACACUUGGUUAAGUACGCAUGUCCUCCGUAAGCGGGGACAAUUUUUACAGGGUAUUUUAUUCUAUACUGACUCUGUACCCACCCCACUACUACCUCCACCCUCGGUUAUCUCGCUAUUAAUACUGUACGUCAAGCCGACACGUUUUUAAGUGUUGCCAGGGAAUCCGUUCCCAUUUUCUGUAGUUAUAGCUACUUUCCUUUGUUUACAUCCUUUUUCUUUGAUUGCCCAUCCUACCCCUUACGUUUCUACCGCUUGGUCAAUGCUUGUUUGCAUAUGAACGGAUGGAAGUUGUUUUACAAGCACAUCUCUCUGUAGGUAAUAUUUGUAGUGAUCAUAGGCUCUCUUUUUCCUCUAUCAAAUUUGUGAUAGCGCAACUUAGUAAUAUAAAUAGUGUUAUUUUAAUGUGGGAUGUUACAAUGAAGAUAAUCGUGAAUGCAGGGGAAACUGGGCUACAUCAUACUGUAAUAUAAUUAACUUUUCUCUGUGUUCCAUAAGGGGUUAAAAUGGUUGAGCUGUUGUAAUGUCUCUGUACAAUUAUAUUUGUUCAAUCCUGUAAAAAAAUUCACGAUUCUGUUACCUCUUCAGUGACAAUUGUUUUCAAGGAGACGUUUGACACUCAGUAGAUGGAUUUAUUCUGUUAUUAAAAAUAUGCCAUGUAACCCAAAAAAGAUAAUAGGGGCCUUUUAGCGCAUAACAUUGAUUGUAAUUGAUUUGUAUAACUUAAUCCUGAAUGUAACAUUCUGAAUGGCGUAAAUGGAAUUAUUUUUAUUAUUUUUCUUAGUGUGCGUAGAUCUGCCAGUAACUGUACAUUAUAGCACUAUCUGCAGACGCGCCGUUAGACACAAUAUAUUUUGUCCGUUUAUUUUUGUUAUUGUUUCGUUUCCUAGUAAGAACGGGAGAAUGGUUUGACGAUGAUAGUGUGGAUUCUCUCCCAGAUGCCUCUAUCUCUCUUUCUCUCUCUCUCUCUCUUUAUCUUAUUUUUUACAUUCUAUAUCAUUUCUAAUUUUAAUUUUGUGUUUUUUUUUUAGAAUAAUUAAAGUCACCCAUGUAAUUUUUUUCGUUUUAUUUCUUCAAUCCUUUCCCCCCCCCUCCACUGAAGACAUUGGUUGUUCAUAACGACGUAAUAAAUGGUGCUGGUUUAUGAACUAUGCAUGGCCGAGUAGAUUAGAGAAGAUGGUGACGGCAAUGAUGGCUGGACAAGAGGAUACUAUUUUGGUAUACGCGGUACUGUGAUAAGAAUGGAUGUCCUCAACUGGUGACUAGUUAUGGUGGAUCCCACAAAAUUGCACAUGGCUACAAGACUUAGCAAGACUCCGCAGCCGCCAUUGCUAUACUGGGAGUUAUGUUGUAUUAUAUUUUAUACAAAUAUCAUUUAUAGAAAGAACUACCAGAACGGAGUUUGACCAAAGUUCCUAUAAUAGUGAAUAUUACCCCCAAUAACCCUCUAUUCCCCUUAUAGAGACUGAUAUUGAUUAAGGUGUAAGAGUAAUGUUAGUGAGCUUUUAUUAUCCCACUGCCAUCGUGUCAUUCUUUGUCUGCCACACGUUGAAGAACCUCCUUCUCUUAUCACCUGAUUAAUUCAGAGAUGUUACGAUACUUCCACGUUUGGCAGGCCUAUGCAUCAUCCUCCUCAACGGAGACCGUAACCUCCUCAAACUCCCCACUUUCAACAUUAACUUUAUUGUAGUUUUACCCAAAGAGAGGAGGAGCGGACUCUUAGGUCAUUGCUGAAAAAUUAGCAGUUUAAAUAAUUACAUUUUUAUCUUUUCAACAAACUCUUGGAACAGAAAUUUCUAGUAAUGACUUAGAUUUCCACCUUGUUUGCUGUGAGCCUCAUUUUCCUUGUGAUGUUGAAUGGAAAACGAGCCUUAACAAGGCCUCCAAUAAGACUCAAGCGCUCGCUUUCUUAUUCAACGCUUAAAACUAUCCGAGUAAUCAAAUAUAACCUGAUUCAAAGCAAUCAGUCAUAGCGAGAUGGUGUCGUGUACUGAACUCAGCAGCACACGUUACUCUCAUGUGCUAAGUCUCCUAGGUAGAAAUUUUACAACAAAGUAUUGCUAUUGAAGCACUUAAUGCUUACAGUGAAGUGGUCGACCAGAAUCAAGUGUUAGUUUUAAGCGUUUUGUAAGAAAACGAACGGAGAGGCUGAUCCAAACGUCAUGAUAUUGCCGCCCUCUGAAUGUACUCUCAAGCCCCCGAAAGCACACGUUAACAGAUGUUACAAAAAAGUUCAAAAUUAACUUGCAUCACAACUCUUGUUAACAUGUGUUACCCAGAGCUCAAAGUUAACUUUCCACAACCCUCGGGAGGAUCGACAUAAUCACUUGAAAAUUAAUGUCGGAAAUGGAAGUUAAAACCUCCAGCAGGUCAGGAAGAGCAUUAGGCUUUCAAGGUAGCUGCCCACCUCUCACAUUCUCAGUAAAAUAAAUUACAUUUACUACAUAUCAAAAUUUAUUUCCAAAGUGUCACAAUGCAAACAUUUACUGGGAAAAAAAAGUAAGUUGUAGCCCAAUCUUCAUAUAUAUAAAAUGUCAUAAAAUUAUUUUGAAAUUGCUGGUAAACAAAGGUGCGAACCACUACAUAAACCAAGGUGGGUAGUCACUCUGUUCGCAUACAAACCUGACAUUAUAAUCAGUCUCUGAAUGUUUAUAUCAUGGACCGACAGGUAAAGCUGAAUGAGAGUGAGAACACGAGAGGAAAAAAUAUCGUAAUAUGUAAAUGGUCCCUCAUUUCUGUUAGCCAAGGACGAGUCUCCACUGUGCUCUUCUGUGGUGUUGACGCCAUGCAUGCGCGCUGGCCAGUGCCUCUCUCUAAGCGUGCCAACACCACGGCAACCGCGUACAAACUAUACCUAAUCUGUGUUGGUGGCCCUGGGGUGUGGCACCUAGGAGCUUGAGUCGCCAGACUAGCGUUCCUGUCUCGCGGCAACACUGUCAUAGAUACAAACAACUGUAUUUGUUCCCCCGAAAUAUUUGUCUGCGCGAGACCCUUCCCAUGUAGAUGGUAGUGUUGUUUUCCUCACUAUCCUAGAGGUGUUGAUUUGCGUUGUUUAGCAGUGAUUGAUAUUGUCUUAACAGGGAAAUAUUUUGCCAGUAUUUCUCAUC